UCACCACCGUCUCCCGUUAGAGGAGAGCUGGCUCGUCCUCGGCGUGGUGUGGUGUCUCCGUAGAGCGCGGAGCAGCAGCAUGGCGUCCGCGGUGCUCCGACAGUCCUGCAGCCUCCUAAUGCUCAGAGCCCGCUCGCUCUCUGCAGCCGGAGUCAGGCAUAAAACCACCAUCCAGUAUGCCACACGUCCAGACCUACCCAGGCUGGCUUACAGGAAGCUGAAGGGGAAGAGUCCAGGAGUGGUGUUCCUCCCCGGCUUUGCCUCCCACAUGGGCGGUCGGAAGGCAGAAGCACUGGAAGAGUUCUGCAAGUCUCUGGGUCACUCCUACCUGAGGUUUGACUACACAGGCUGUGGGGCGUCUGAAGGGCAAAUGACCGAUUACAACAUCGGUACAUGGAAGAAGGAUGUCCUGUAUGUGCUGGACGAGCUGGUGGAAGGGCCUCAGAUACUGGUAGGUUCCAGUAUGGGAGGCUGGCUGAUGUUGCUGGCUGCUCUGGCAAGGCCAGAGAAGAUCGCUGCCCUGGUGGGCAUUUCCACAGCUGCCGAUCACUUUGUGACAGCCUUCAACACCUUGCCGAUAGAGAUGAGAAAGGAGAUUGAGGAGCGUGGCUCAUGGUCUUUCCCCACCCGGUACAACGAGGAAGGCUCGUACAUGCUCAGCCUAGACUUUCUAAAGGAAGCAGAGAACCACUGCAUCCUUCAGAGCCCAAUCCCAGUGGCCUGCCCUGUGCGCCUCAUCCACGGCCUGAAGGAUGCUGAUGUUCCAUGGCAUGUCUCUAUGCAGGUGGCUGAACGUGUGCUCAGCAACGAUGUGGACGUCGUACUCCGCAAACACGGCCACCACCGAAUGUCUGAGAAGGACGACAUCAAGCUGAUGGUGUACACCAUCGAUGACCUUAUUGAUAAGCUGACCACGCUGGGGUGAGGUGGACAUAGUAUCAGUCGGGGUUGGAGAGGGCUUUGAUUGACUUUCAAGGAAGGAGACUGCGUUGGUAGGAGGGGAACUGGGGAGAGGAAUUCAAGUGUUAUAGAAAACCACGACUGUCGGGUGAGGUACAAAGUGGUAAGAAGCUAUGUAGUUGUAUUCUAAUGUCCAAAUGCCCAGCAGGUAAAUGACCGCUUGCUUGUGGGUAGUUGUUCUUACCUUUGGGACAACACUGAUGUAGUGAAUGCACACACAUGCAACCCUCCUCAGGCAAACCUAAUCUUGAUCUGUGUGAGAGCACCACAAAACAACAAAGUGCAACAUGUUCAGCAAAAGGAACUCAUUCUUCAUGCCUUUUCUUUUUUUUUGUUUGUUUUGUUCCAUCUUAUGGUUAAGCUUUUCACCUUUUUAUUUUAUCUAAGGCUUGACCCAAUUUUCCCUUUUUAUUGGUCCCUCUAUACAGUAGCUCAGAAUGGGCAAAUCACAGAAAGACAUGCAUUAGAAUGUGUGCCUUUAUUUUUGUUUGAGCAUUUCCUUUAAUUUAUCACCAGAGAGUCUCGUCUCACCACAUUGCUUCAUGAUUUUUGAAGACAGUGGGACAUUUUCCUCUAAUCCAGUUCAAGACACCUGUGCACUGGAGUUCAUUGUGUAUAACGCUGGUUCAAGUUAGUUUUGUGUGGGGAUAAACGUGAUCUUGUAAUGAGAACGUCUGUGGAAGACUGAGAAAUAGUCUAUGACAGCAAGCCUGUCGUUAGCCCAUGGAUGUAAUGUAAGUUAGCAUGGCUCAAAACCCCCCAAGAAACUCCAAAGUGUGUAGUAAACACUACACGAGAGAAACAGCUGUUAGCUAACGAGCUUUCACUAGGUAGCUUGCUUUGCUUGUGUUAUCAGUUGUACUCCUGACAUAAGAACAAUGUGGGGGUAGCGUUAAGAGGGGGACACAUACUAGAGGGUUUAGCUGCAAUCCAGCACCAGAAGUUGUUUAGCCCACAUGUUUAAUUUUAUUAAGACGUCUGGCCCUGUGAGGCUAGGCCUCAAGAAAGGAACCCAGAGAACACUGGUUAAAGGAAUACUUCUCACCGAAUUAACAACUGAAAACGAGCUGUUUAACAUUAUACAUUUGUAUAACGCCAACUGACCUCUCCUUAUCCCUGUUUUCAUUCAAUGAAUAUGUUUACAUGCACUUAAUAAUCCGAUAACUGCAGAAAAUCAGAUUUUAUCAGGAAUCUAAUCAACAUGUUUAAAUGCAGUUGAGUAAUCAGAUAAUGGGGAAACUCUGGGUUUACAUACGUCAGACAAUAAUCGGAUUUCUACUUUGCAACCAGUUAAUAAGCUCUCAGAAGACGUGGCUUUUUUUCCGCCCACACUAAAAUAUGAACAUGUUGCUCCAAAAGUGUUUUGCUGCUGUCUCAUGGCAACGUUGCUUGCUUAUUUCCAGUACUG